AUGGUGACGAGGCUGGCGACGUGGGCGGCGGUGCUGCUCCUCUACCACCACGCCCACGCCCACACCUUUACCCUGGGUUACCUUACAGGCUCCGAGAGGCUACCAGAAGACCAGGAGUACAAAAGACCUGGUCUCAUUAUCUCCGGCGCCAUUACCCUCGCUGUGGGGGAGGUCAACUCAGCCUUUCCUCUGGUAGACGGACACAUCCUUAACUUCACGGUGGCGGAGACCUACGGGCAGGAGGAGAUGAGUAUCCUACAGACGGCCCAACUGUGGAUCUCCAACAUCUCCGCUUACAUCGGUCCCCAGGAGACCUGUGUUCACGAGGCACGAAUGGCGGCGGCGUUCAAUCUCCCUAUGAUCUCCUAUUUCUGCACUCACCCUGAGACCUCAGAUAAGGACAACUUCCCAACCUUCGCCAGGACGAGGCCGCCUGACACACAGAUUAGCAAGUCCGUUACCUCCAUCCUAAAGAGGUUCAACUGGAGGAAGGUAACCUUCUUCUACAAUAACUCACCAGACGAGAACUUCAGCCGAGUGGCCAGAACUAUCGUGAGGACAUUACCCAGCCAUAACAUCACUCUUCUGGCCACACGGAGCUGGGCCGCCACCUACCAUCACGGCUAUGACAACAACCCCUUCGUCAGCAUGAUUCAGGAGACCUACAUGGAUUGCCGAAUUUACGUCGUGCUGGGUCACUACUAUGAGUUCCUGGGCCUCAUGACCAUAAUGGAGGAGAGAGGAUUGUUUAAAAACGGGGAGUACUUCGUGGUGGGGGUAAGCUUGAGCGAAUACGACAGGAACAAGCCAGACAAGUACCUGAGGGACCUACUGAAUGAGCACACCAAUUCCACCGUCCAGGCUGCUUUCCAGAACUUCCUAGGUGUCGUACCAUCGCCAGCGCCGACGUUUGAACGCUUCGCCGAGAACGUGAACGCCUACCUAGAGAGACCUCCCUUCAACCACCCCAACGCCCUUCAGCAGAUAGGAGGCAUGAAGAACAUCCGUGCCGAGGCUGCCUACCUGUACGAUGCUGUUCAUGUCUACGCCCGCGCCCUCAACGAGACCCUGAAGGUGGGCGGCGACCCUCAUGAUGGCCGGGCACUCAUCGCCUCCAUUCUGGGCACCACCUACCGCAGUGCCAUGGGAUAUAUGGUGCGUAUGGACGAACGGGGUGACGCAGAAGGCAACUAUACCUUGAUCGGGCGGCAGGAACACCACUCUAUGACGGAGGAGUUUGGCCUGUACCCUGUUGGAGGCUUCCGGUACACUGAGAACGACUACAAGGGCCUCCCGGAGCUACACUUACUCAGCCAAAUACCCUGGAAGACAGGAUCGCCGCCCAUCGACGAGCCUCCGUGUGGGUACAGGGGCCAGCAGUGUCAGUCUCAGAUGGGGGAGAUCAUAGCGGGCGUGACGGGGGGCGUGGUGCUCCUGCUGUUGGUCGUGUCCCUGGUGGCCUACAGGAACUGGCGGUAUGAACAGGAACUGGACAGCCUCUUGUGGAAGAUCGAUUAUAAGGAUAUUAAUGUCAACGAAUGGACUCCGAACCACAUCCCAGCCCCGAAUAAGCUGUCCAGGGGGCUCUACUCCACCGUCAGGACGAGUCAACUCUCCCUCAGCAGUAAUCCUGAUAUGGACUUCCGCUACGCCAGUGCCUACACUCAGCUUGGCAUGUACCGGGGGCGUGUGGUGGCAGUAAAGCAGAUCUCCAGCAAGCCUGUCGACGUCACCCGUAGGAUCAAAAAGGAGCUGAAAACGAUUCGGGACCUACGCCACGAUAACUUGCUCGGGUUCAUUGGCGCGUGUGUCGACCCCCCUAACGUGUGUAUAGUGACGGAGUACUGCUCUCGGGGGUCCCUCAAGGACAUAUUGGAAAACGAAGAUGUCAAGCUGGAUAAUAUGUUCAUUGCUUCGUUAAUUGGCGAUAUUGUCCAGGGCAUGGUCUACCUUCAUGACUCAGCGGUCAAGUCUCACGGUAACCUUAAGUCUUCCAACUGCCUGGUGGACUCUCGCUGGGUCGUCAAGAUACAGUUCGGACUCCAUGAACUCAAGUCCGGUACAGAGAGUACAUCUGUAACCGACGCCGGAGAAACCCAGAGAAAGUGUACAGAGCUGCUGUACAGAGCGCCAGAGCUGCUAAGGGACUCCUCCUCGCCUCCUGGAGGGACCCAGAAGGCGGACGUGUACUCCUUCGCCAUCGUCCUAUACGAGGUACACGGGCGCCACGGACCCUGGGGCACCACUGAGCAGAGUCCUGUGUCUAUCAUUCGUCAGGUGAUGGAUGGACCUCACCCAGGCUCACCCCCCUUCAGGCCAGCGCUGGGUACCCUGGAGACGUGCCUGGACUGUGUAAGGGUGGUGCUGGCAGAGUGUUGGUCUGAGAACCCUGAGGAACGCCCCGAUUUCAGGUCCAUACGCACGAAACUUCGACCAAUGCGUAAAGGGAUGAAGCCCAACAUUUUCGACAACAUGUUGGCGAUGAUGGAGAAAUACGCCAACAAUCUCGAGGCGUUGGUGGAUGAGAGAACCGACCAGUUAAUUGAGGAGAAGAAGAAAACAGAGGCCCUCCUGUACGAGAUGCUGCCGAGAUACGUGGCGGAGCAGCUCAAGCGAGGACAUAAAGUUGAAGCUGAGAACUUUGACUGUGUGACCAUUUACUUCAGUGAUAUUGUUGGCUUUACUGAAAUGUCUGCUGAGUCGACGCCCUUCCAGGUCGUGGACUUCCUCAACGACCUGUACACCUGUUUCGACUCCAUCAUCGGUAAUUAUGACGUCUACAAGGUGGAGACCAUUGGUGACGCCUACAUGGUGGUGAGCGGACUGCCCAUCAGGAACGAGGACCAGCACGCGGGAGAGGUUGCUUCCAUGUCUCUUCAUCUCCUGGACGCCAUCAGGAGGUUUAAGAUCCGACACAGGCCGAGUGAUACUCUCAAACUGCGCAUCGGUCUCCAUUCUGGCCCGGUGUGUGCUGGCGUGGUUGGUCUCAAGAUGCCUCGCUAUUGUCUCUUCGGCGAUACUGUCAACACUGCCUCGCGUAUGGAGUCGACUGGCCAAGCUCUAAGGAUCCAUUGUUCCUGUACGUGUCGGGAUAUCUUGGCGAAAGUGGGCGGUUACGUGCUAGAGGAACGAGGUCAGGUCAAGGUCAAAGGCAAGGGUGAAAUGACCACUUACUGGCUUGCGGGUGAGGACCCAGAGCGUAAGCGUCGUCGCGAGCGGUCCCGCCGUCAGCGAGGGCUACAGGGGUUGACGCUGGCCAAAAACGGGUGUGUGGGAGGCUUGCGAGGCUCCCUAAGGUGUGGCCGAGGCAAGACUUCUCCUCUCCCUCGAACUCUCAGCCUAGAGUCUCCCAAACGCCUCAGGUUCUUCAUGUCUGAAGAGCUGACGACCCGGAAACUGAGCGAGGAGGUGCCGCCAGAGGGGUCACCUCCUCUCCCAGCCUCGCCUGCCUCCGACGAUUGUACGGUGCGGCGCGUAACCCUCGAGGUCAAAAGAAACUCCUGUCCCUGCAUCAAGGAGCACCGCGAGCAGACACGGGCGGGGCGGACCCAGGCCCAGAUGGCACCCCCUGGUAACAGCAGCCCACAUCUGUCUACCCUGGAGUUGGUCACAUCUCCUGUGUCGUCAGUCGCUGGCUCUGGAGACGACGAGACGUUGGCAGCCAGCUGUAAGACUUCCGUUAGCGAGGUGGGUGGAUCGCGGCCCUCCAGUUUUGUAGAGAGCACGGGGGACCCCGCACCGCCCACCCCAAGUGAUCUUCCACCCAACCUCACACGUGACAUGGCGCUGCGCUCUACCACGUCACUUCAAGCGCACCAGGAUGUGGCUCACAAAAACACCUCCGACUUAGAAUUGACGUUAACAGUACCUGUCGUCCCCAGCAGUAUGGGCGGCAGACCCAGCAGUGUUAAUAGUAGUGGUCCCGGGGGUGUGGCGAAGGGACGCUACUCCCUGUCUAGUGGUGGUAAUGGCAGAUGGCGCUCACACAGCUUGGUCUCGCACACUGGCCGACGGGGCAGUGCGGCAGACAGUGACUCCUUAAUGGCUGGGAUAUCGUCGGCAGCAGCGGAGGGGAACGAAGGGAGGGCAGCCCGGCUGCGUUAUUGUAGUAAACAGGACAUUUGCUCGUCCUCAGCUGAGUGUGAGGAGUCCGCCCCUCUCCUGGCCAGUGUCGUCAACUAUAGAGUUAUAAAUGAGGUGCACAAGCUUCCUGAGAGAGAAACUCCAGUGUGAUGGUAAUGAGCCCACAGUCUCGAAUUGGUUAAGGGAGGGUGUGUCGUGAAGGACGGUGUGUGGCAAGACAAGGUAAACCAUUCUUGUAAAUAAAAGUGUCUGGACAAAGAAACACAAAACAAUUGUGUUAUGGGGUUCAUGACGUUCCAUGGACGUGAAUACUGUAUAAGAAAAGGGGAGUAAAACUAAGCUGGUGGGUCAUUGGAGAUGUUAGAACAAAAUCUCACAAGACCAGUGAACCAGUUAGUGCUCCUGGCCGACAACACUGAUACCCUUCUAAAGCCAGCAGACUGGAGGCAGCCACAAGACUGUAUACAAUAGUCUGUCCCUGGCAUUCUCCGUGUUAUCUUCAGUGAUACACACAGAUAAAAAAUUAUAAGACUAUUUCAAAGUUGUGUCGUACUUGGGUAUUCACAUGGCGGUCUAUUCAGGCACAGAACGUUUAGUGUGUGUGUGUGUGUGUGUGUGUGUGUGUGUGCGUGUGCUAGUCCUACACAUCUUCACAGAAAACAAUCAAUCUUAACUUGUGAAAUAAAAUGGAAGCCAACAAAUUAAGAAUAACUUAACCCGAGUCAGACACAAUAUAGCGCUUCGUGUUCACUUACCUUCCGCCGGUAUUAGUUGAUGUGAAAAACCUAAUAUUCUUUAUGUGUGAUAAUUCUGGUGCUUCCCGGUGAGGCAGUUUUGUUGGUUUCUGUGACGAAGGAAACAUAUAGUAGCCGAAGUUGUUUAUCAAAGUGAGGUGAUCCCGAGUCUCUUAUUCAAGGCAUGAGGUGACUUCAAGCACACACACUCACGAAACAUCUUCACAGUGUUGUAUAAUCGAAUCAGAAAGUAAACAUCCCAUCACUGACACCAUCAUUAGUACCAUAACAUUCGCCCUUCUAAACUAAUAUCUGUAAUUUCAAUUGGCAUUACAAUAUGAACAUUUGACAUAAAACAUAAAAAAUAAUUCAUUGUUAAUUUCGGAUUGGUUGGCAACCUUUGCAACAACAACAACAGAUACGCUUAGAUCAUUAACAAACACUACUAGGAUUUCCAUGGGUGAAAUACUGAGACGUGAGGAUGAAUUGAUACUGAUGUUAUAAUAAUGACUUGUCUGGUGCGUCGCUGAACAGGAUUAAUGGUGAAUGUUGAGGCAGACUGUGGCGCCCUCGUAGACCUGAACACGACAUAUACUGUCCACCAUUACCUGGCUGUAUCCAUCGUCCUGGGUCCCAUCCGUCGUCCUGGGUCUCAUACGUCGUCCUGGGUCUCAUACGUCGUCCUGGGUCCCAUACGUCGUCCUGGGUCCCAUACGUCGUCCUGGGUCCCAUACGUCGUCCUGGGUCCCAUACGUCGUCCUGGGUCCCAUUCGUCGUCCUGGGUCCCAU